AUGUCUUCUGAUAAGUUGAACAAGUUUUUAAAAGCUCUAGAUACUCUAAGCCAAGACUAUACGUGUGGAGUGUGCUUGGAAUUUUGCAAAAUCCCUAUCACUUUAAGUACUUGUUUUCACAUCGUAUGUGCGGAACAUUUUAAAGCCUUAAAACAUUGCCCAACUUGUAAUAUUCCUUUAGCCGGCUCUAUACCAUUCAAAGAUGAAGGCUUAGAGUCCUGUAUUAAUUCUGCAAAAGAAUUAAAUAAAAUAUUUGAAGAAAUUAGAAAUAAAAAUAUCUUGCAAGAUUCAAAAGCUGGAACUUCAAGUGGAACGAGUAAGAAUCGUGGUAAAAAUAAGCUAAAUAUUGAAAAUAGCGAGAAAGAAAAUAAAAAAGUUACUGGUAAAAACAAUCAAAGUGCCAAUUCUACAGCAAAUUUAAAAAAGCAAGACAGUAAGAACGAAAAUCUUAAUUCUACCCUAUUAUCUACUACUAGUUCUAAAAUUAACAAAGCUAUUGAAAAACGAAAUAAAAAAGGUGAGACUAAUUUACAUGUUGCUUGUCGUUUAGGAAAAGUUGAUACAGUCAUUGACUUAUUGAAGCAAGGUGCUAACACUAAUACUAAGGAUAACGCUGGUUGGACACCUUUACAUGAAGCUGUACAGAAUGGCCGACUGAAUUUGGUCAAACUUCUGAUACAAUAUAAUACACUUAUAGAUGUGCCCGGUCAAGGGAACGAGACACCACUACAUGAGGCCGUCAGAUAUAAUUUCAAAGAAAUAGCCGAAGUAUUAGUUAAACAUGGAGCUGAUAUUAAUGCUAUGAACUGUAAAGGCGAGACACCAAUUCAAUUAGCUUCAGAGGAUAUGAAAAAGGUUCUGGAAGAAGCUGCUGACACCAUAAUUCAAACACAAGGUGUUAAUGUAACAUUCAUGUCUCAGCUUUACACCGAGUUAGAUUUAGAAGACAUAAGAGUAUAUUGCAUUUCACAAGACAAAACAGUUCAAAAUAAAUUGAAAUUGUUAUCUAAACAUCAUUCAAAUUUAAAUAUUGAACCCAAGUUUUCAAAAUCGGUAACACACUUGGUUGUUGAUUCUGACGAUGAUUUCACAUGCACUUCUACUUUAGAUAUUUUACAAGGAAUCGUGAGUGGUAUAUGGAUUUUAUCAAGUUUAUGGAUAUCAAAAUCAACCAAUGACAAAAUAGAACCUUUCAAAGAAUAUGAAAUUCAAGGUGUAGGUAACAAGGCAUAUAAAGGGCCGAAAAAUUCACGAUACAACAAAUAUAAACAACUGCCGGGUAUAUUUAAUGGCUGUCACUUCUAUUUACACAAUUUCAACACUAAACAUGAAAUAUCUAAAACAAUAGUAUUAACUAAAUCUAUUCUAUCAAAGUUGAUAGUGGAUGCUGGCGGUGUUGUGCUACGGAGAGUGCCGAACCCAGAAUUGAUACCAGAAGAGGAGAAAUUAGUGCCUUAUCAUGCAAAGAAAGGUGGAAAGUUAGAGUAUUGUUCACAUUAUAUUAUAUUUAAGAAUAUUUAUGAGCCCAUGUAUAACAUGUCUCAUUUAAAAGCUCUGCCCAUCGGAUGGUUGAUUGAAUGUUUGGAAAAAUAUGAACUAUGUGAACCUUGG